AUGGAGAGACUAGCUAUUAUCCGAAACUGGUUUGUCUUCCUUGUUGCCUUCUCUUUCUUCGUUGUGUUUUUUAAAGCUUUUGAUUAUUCUGUUUUAAGUGCCGAUGGAAAAAACAGCGCCACCUCUUUAAUCAGCAUCUUUGUCAAUUCCUUUAACAACCUCCAUGCCCAUAAACCUAAUCACUCUCUUGAUGUCCCUCAAAUGUUCAACCAAAACGCUUCUCCUGAUCCAUUAGUCGAUACUGAUAAUCCUUUUAUUGAUGUCAUUGAGUCUCUUGAUCAAGCAAAUAAUCUUUCUGUGAACAAGAAUACUACAUUGGCUGCGAGAACCAAGAGACCAGUAGAUUCUUGCGAGGGUCGUUACAUAUAUGUUCAUCAUCUUCCUCGCCGAUUCAAUGAUGAUGUACUGAAAAAUUGCUCAGUACUUGUAAAAUGGUUAGACAUGUGCCCGUUCUUGACGAACUCGGGCUUUGGUCCUCGGGUUGAGAAUUCUGAGGGGGUUCUGUCCGAAAAGAGUUGGUUUACAACCAACCAGUUCCUUUUAGAAGUCAUAUUUCAUGAGAGGAUGAAGAAGUACAAGUGUUUGACUAAUAACUCAUCGUUCGCCAAUGCCAUUUAUGUGCCGUUCUAUGCUGGCUUGGAUGCCGGACGCUACCUUUGGGGUUACAACAUAUCAAUGAGGGACUCUUUAGGUUCUGAUCUUGUCAAGUGGCUUGCGCAGCAGCCUGAAUGGAAAAGGAUGUGGGGAAGAGACCAUUUCUUUGUUUUGGGUAGGAUUGGUUGGGAUUUUCGAAGACAAGCUGAUCAUGACUCCGACUGGGGUAGCAAGCUUAUGACCUUGCCUGAAUCUAUGAACCUGACAGCGUUGUCAAUUGAAACAACCUCAUGGAGCAAUGAAUUUGCAAUACCAUAUCCCACAUAUUUCCAUCCUUCAAGUGACGAUGAGGUAUUCCAGUGGCAAAACAGAAUGCAGAGCCAUAGCAGGCGCUACCUGUUUGCCUUCGCAGGUGCCCCGAGACCUAGUGCGAACGAUUCUAUACGAAAGGAGAUUAUCCACCAAUGUUUAGCUUCAAGGAGGACGUGCAAUUUUCUUCGUUGUAAUUCUGGGGGCAAAAGCAGAUGUGAUAACCCAGCUGAAGUGAUUAAAGUGUUUCAAGACUCGGUUUUCUGCUUGCAGCCUCCCGGGGACUCCUACACCAGGAGAUCGAUUUUCGACUCGAUUUUGGCUGGUUGCAUUCCAGUCUUCUUCCAUCCAUUCUCUGCUUACGCGCAGUAUACAUGGCAUUUACAGAGGGAUUACUGGAGAUAUUCUGUGUUCAUACCAAUCGACUUAGUAAAAGAUGGGUUUGUCAGCAUCAAGCAGGUAUUACUUCAAAUUUCGGACAACGAAAUGCUGGCAAUGAGAAAGGAGGUCAUAAAGCUGAUCCCAAGAGUAAUUUAUGCAGAUCCCAGGUCUAAAUUACAGACCCUUGAAGAUGCAUUCGACAUAACAUUGAAGGGAGUCCUGCAUAGAAUAGGAAAAGUGAGAAAUAAUAUUAACAAGGGGAGGGAUCCUAGUAAUGGUUUUGCAGAAGAGAAUCGCUGGAAGAUGAAAUUAUCUGGGAUUGGAGUGGAAGAAGAGUGGGAUCAUUUCAUUGAUACUUCAAUGAGAUAUUAA